CGUUUAAACAAAAUGGUGCAGGUAAUGGAGAGUAGUUGUGGUGCUGAGCAAAGUUACAGGCCGUGCUACAUAACUGCAACACGUCUCUGCCCACAGCUUCAACAAAGAGAUCACAUUGUUUCUUCAUUCCUGUAGAAAGGCCCAAAGAAAAGAUUAACGAUAAUCCACUCGUGUAAUCUAUCCUGGAAUUUGUAGUUACGCAUUCUCUGCUACCACGGAUAUUUCACAUCCACAUCGAAGGAAUAAGCAUAUGCACGCUCUGAGCUACUUCAUGUAAAGCAGGUUUGAGAUGCCGCCUGAUGGAAACACUAAGAUGUUCCUUCUCCUUUUAUCUGUUGUCUUCCUGACAUUGAGAAUAUGUCACGGGGGCAGGAUCUUGAUUGUACCUAUGGAGGGAAGCCACUGGUUGAACAUGGAUAUCAUGAUCAGAGCGCUGCACUCUCGAGGACACUCCAUCGAUGUGGUUCGAACCGAUGAGAGCUGGUAUAUCAAGGACGACUCUCUGCACUACAACACGAUAACAGUGUCUGUCACUGAAGCCUUCAAUCACGACUUCAUUAACCCCAUCCUGAAAAAGAUCAUCGACAUAGAGAGGGGGGAGAGCUCUGCGCUGACCUUUGUGAGUUUACAGGUCGAGAUGUUUACUGCCAUGUUUAACAUGCAUAGAAUAAUAUGCCAAAUGGCUACUGUUAUGUUUAAAGAUAAAGACUUGAUGAAUAGUUUGAAGGAGAGAAAAUAUGACCUGGUCCUCACUGAUCCGGCCUGGGGUGCAGGUAUAAUGUUGGCUCACGCUCUUCAGCUACCUCUGGUUUAUAACGUGCGCUGGAUUACAAGCGGAGAAGGACAUUUGGCCAUUGCACCUUCUCCUUUGUCUUACAUCCCGAUGACCGGCUCUGGCCUGUCGGACAAGAUGAGUUUCAUACAGAGAGUAAAGAAUCUAAUUUUUUUUGCCAUUUGGCAAAUUCAGGAUGGAUUUUUAAUUAACUCUCAAUAUCAAGCAGUUUGUGACAAGUUCUUUGGUCCAGAAGUCAGAUACAGUGACCUACUACAAGGAGCCGACCUUUGGCUGAUGAGAGUGGACUUUGUGUUUGAGUUUCCACGACCAACUUUGCCUAAUGUUGUUUAUAUAGGAGGGUUCCAGUGUAAACCUGCUGAACCACUUCCUGAACACUUGGAGGUGUUUGUCCAGAGCUCUGGGGGGCAUGGAGUCAUCAUCAUGUCUCUGGGGACGUUUGUGAGUGAACUUCCUGCUGACAUGACCAACAAGAUGGCUGCAGCUUUUGCUAAAUUACCUCAGAAAGUCAUCUGGAGGCAUAAAGGGGACAGACCGGCCACUCUGGGUAACAACACUUUACUAGUCGACUGGAUGCCACAGAAUGACCUCCUGGGACAUCCAAAGAUUAAACUAUUUGUGGCUCACGGGGGAACAAAUGGAGUUCAAGAGGCUAUUUAUCACGGAGUCCCAGUUGUGGGUCUACCUGUGUUCUUUGACCAGAACGACAACCUGCUCCGUCUGAAAGAGAGAGGAGGAGCUAAGAUUCUUACAUUAGCCACAGUGGACAAAGACAACAACUUCCUAGAAGCCAUACAGGAAGUCUUGACUGAGCCCUCCUACAGGCUGAACAUGCAGAAACUCUCCAGGCUGCACAGAGAUCAGCCAAUGAAACCACUGGACACUGCCCUCUUCUGGAUAGAGUUUGUCAUGAGACACAAAGGUGCAGCUCACCUGAGAACGGAAUCCUACAGACUGCCCUGGUACUCCUACCACUCUGUAGAUGUAGUUCUGUCUUUCCUGGCUGCUGUUGCAGUGAUUACUCUUCUUCCUCUUGUAUUCGUCAGAUAUGUACUACUUGAGAAAAGCAAAAAGAAGAAAAAGGAAUGAAAAUUUACCAUAGGCUGACUUCUGACUGUUCUUUCUCCUAACAAAACAUCAUCUGACAGUUUAGGGUCAUAGCAUGUCACAAAUGAUUUGUAAAACUGUCGAUUCAUUGAAUUGUCUGCAAACAAAAAUAAAUUCUUUAAGGUGUGACUUCACCCCUAAGAUCUAGGUUAAGUGCCUCUCCCUGCUAAAACCAAGUUAUCUAUGUUGUCGAGUAAGAUGCUAUGACUCCAGCAGCAGCACACACACUUUUACUACAGAAAUGUGGUGUGAAGUAUGAAGCUUCCUGAUGGCCAAGAUCACGGUUUGAACCUCCUGCUGAGGAGCACGGUGGUCUCAAGCCGUUCAAUCCGCUGGUAGAGGUUAGUGUCUUAGGUAGCCGUUCAAACAGUGUGUGUAUGUGUGUUAAGUGUGUGUGUGUGUGUGUGAUUGAUUGAUUGAUUGAUUGAUUGAUUAGUUUCAGCAUAGAUUUGAAAAUGAGCGCAGCUUUCCAGAUUCCGACCUAUGAGUAGUGACUGUUUGUGGGGGGCCACAAACCUUAGAGGGUGUUAACUAUUUUUCAAAUAUAUAUAUAUAUAUCAUUAAGUAGAGACAUCCCAAAUGGUUGUCACCUUUGGCCCUGCAAGGUCUAACACGGUUUGAAACACCAGGUGGCGUCAUGAGCCCUGUUGAGCUCAUUACAGUUUUUUUUGAUCACAUAAACACUAAAAUCAAAAGUAUUACACAAUUAUCAAAACCUUACACGCAAGGAGCAAAACAUGGGCCCAGAUUUGCACCACUAUAAGCACAAUGUCA